AUGGCUACUGCGCUCCAUAACCAAGAGAGACUACCAGAGUACCUCAACACACAGCUUGCUAUUGCUGUGAGGAGCAUUCAGUGGAGCUAUGCAAUCUUCUGGUCCAUUUCAGAUAGACAACCUGGGGUUUUGGAGUGGGGUAAUGGGUAUUACAAUGGAGAUAUUAAGACGAGGAAAACAGUUCAAUCCAUAGAGCUUAAAGAAGAUGAAUUGGGUUUACAGAGAAGUGAGCAAUUACGAGAACUCUAUGAGUCACUUUCAGUCGGUGAAGCCAGCCCACAAGCUAGAAGACCCUCAGCUGCAUUAUCUCCAGAAGAUCUCACUGAUACAGAGUGGUAUUAUUUGGUUUGCAUGUCCUUCGUAUUCGACAUUGGCGAAGGCUUGCCAGGAACAACAUUAGCAAAUGGCCAUCCUACUUGGCUAUGCAACGCUCAUUCUGCAGAUAGUAAAGUAUUCAGUCGCUCUCUGCUAGCUAAGACUGUUGUAUGCUUUCCAUUUAUGAGAGGUGUGGUUGAGAUGGGUGUGACUGAGCAGGUUUUGGAGGACCCAAGCCUCAUUCAACACAUCAAAGAAUCAUUCUUGGAGAUCCCAUACACAGUAGCCAAGAAUUCUAGUGCAAGAAGCGACAAAGAGCUUGCUUGUGCCACUUUUAAUCGUGAAAUACUUGACACCAGACCGAUUCCAGCUGUAGAAUGUGGAGAACUAGAUAUAUCCUCCCCUAAUGGCAAUUCGAAUGGUCAGCCAGCUGCAGAUUCGAUUAUGGUUGAAGGGCUAAACGGUGGAGCUUCCCAAGUGCAAAGUUGGCAGUUCAUGGAUGAUGACUUCAGCAACUGUGUUCAUCAUUCCUUGAAUUCUAGUGAUUGUAUAUCUCAAACAAUUGUAGAUCCUGUAAAGGUUGCUCCUAUUUUCAAGAAUGGAAAGGUAAAUGACCAGAGUCUCCAGGAUGUUCAAGACCGCAAUCACACGAAGCUGACUGCAUUGGACCUUCGAAACGAUGAUUUGCAUUAUCAUAGUGUUCUCUCGUGUCUCUUAAAGACCUCCCAUCCGUUGAUUCUAGGACCCAAUGUCCAGAAUUGUCGUCAGGAAUCGAGCUUUGUCAGUUGGAAGAAAGCAGGAUUGGUGCAUACUCACAAAUUGAAUAGUGGAACCCCACAAGAAGUUCUAAAGAAGAUACUGUUUGAAGUUCCUCGGAUGCAUGUUGAUGGCUUGCUCGACUCUCCAGAACACAAUAGCAAUAAAGUUGUUGUAGGGAGGCCAGAGGCUGAUGAAAUUGGUGCAAGUCAUGUAUUAUCUGAGAGGAAGCGAAGAGAAAAGCUGAAUAAAAGGUUUAUGAUUCUGAAAUCAAUCGUUCCUUCAAUCAGCAAGGUUGAUAAAGUAUCCAUACUAGAUGACACAAUUGAAUACCUUCAGGAGCUUGAAAGAAAGGUUGAAGAGUUGGAAUCAAGCAGGGAGCUAUUAGAGGCAAGAACAAAAGGAAAACCCCUAGAUACUGUGGAGAGGACUUCUGACAACUACGGCAGCAAUAAGAUUGGAAAUGGCAAAAAUUCAUUGACUAAUAAGAGGAAGGCUCCCGACAUUGAUAAAAUGGAUCCAGAUAUCAACCAUAAUGUAUCAAAAGAUGGUUCAGCUGAUAAUAUAACUGUCAGCAUGAAUAAAGAGUAUCUUCUAAUCGAGAUCAAGUGUGUUUGGAGGGAUGGAAUAUUGCUGGAGAUAAUGGAUGUAGCAGGCCAUCUCCAUUUAGAUUCUCACUCAGUUCAAUCAUCUACCAUAGAUGGCAUCCUUUCUCUGACUAUCAAAUCCAAGCACAAGGGAUUGAAUGCUGUAUCAAUCAGCACAAUCAAGCAAGCCCUUCAAAGAGUUGCUGAGAAAUGUUGA